GAAAUCGUCUCGAAAAACAGCUAGCAUGAACUUGAUUGACCAAUGCUGGAGGAAGAACCCUAAAUGGUGGACCCAAAGGCAGCACCUUGCCUCCUGCUCAGUGGGUUAUGCUGGAAAGAUGACCAACAAUGUUGGUGGGGAUGUGAUACAAUACAAAGUAACUGAUCCGAGCGACAAUCCGGUGAACCCUAAUCCAGGAACACUCAGGUAUGGAGUGACCCAUCUCAGUGGGAAGGUGUGGAUCACAUUUCAGAAGGGCAUGCGCAUCAAACUUGAGAAACCACUUAUCGUCAGCAGUUUCACCACCAUUGAUGGCCGUGGCGCCAAUGUUCACAUUGCAGGUGGUGCAGGCUUAUUGCUGAAAAAGGUAACCAAUGUUAUCAUUCAUGGUCUAGUGAUUCACCAUAUUCGACCGCACACACCUGGUGCUGUAAUGGGUCCAGGCAAAAAGAUGGAGACUAUGGAUCGCAUAGAUGGAGAUGCAAUCAGAUUGGUUACAUCUUCAAAGGUAUGGAUAGACCACAACACACUAUUCGAGUGUGAGGAUGGUCUGAUCGAUGUCACUCGUGGUUCCACAGGGAUCACCAUCUCAAACAACUGGUUCAGAAACCACAACAAGGUCAUGCUUUUGGGUCAUGAUGAUGGGUUCCUGAGGGACAAGGAGAUGAAGGUCACUGUGGUAUUCAACCAUUUUGGUCCCAACUGCAAACAAAGGAUGCCAAGGGUUCGUCAUGGUUAUGCGCAUGUAGUGAACAAUCUCUACCAAGGAUGGGGAUUGUAUGCAAUUGGAGGAAGCAUGAAUCCUAGCGUAAAGAGUGAAGCAAACCUUUUUAUCGCGCCAAACUCCGGGAACAAAGAGGUCACAUGGAGAAAGAAUAACGGACGUGGCAUGGUAUCGAAUUUUCAGUCAGUGAGAGAUGUUUUUGAGAAUGGAGCUUGUUUCAGCGAGACGAGUGAUGGUGAUGGUGGAAUAAAACCAAAUUAUAACCAUGAACAAUAUUUCCAAGUAGCAGAUGCAAGAACAUUGAGGUCAUUGACGCGAUUCUCAGGAGCUUUAAAAUGCCGCGGAAAAUCUAGAUGUUGAGCGACGGUAACAGAAGACAUAAUAAUUAGCAGCAGCUGUAUAUAGAGAUGCAAAAAACAUGUAGCAGUCAAGCUGGAUUUUAUACUUUAAGUUUGUACUUAGAGAGUUAAUAAUGGGCAUAUAUAUAUAUAUAUAAAUAUAUAUAAUGUAC